AUACACACCCACACUCCCGCGCUAACACACCAUGGCCUCCCUCCGUACUGCUUCUCUCCUCCCUAUGAGGUUCGCCUCGACCUCCUCUGCCUCCUCCUCCUCCGGCUCUGCCUCGCACUUGCAGCCCCACCUACUGCGUCGCGCCUUUAGCACUUCCCGCUCUCUCCCCGCUUCCCACCCUGCCGCAACGGCUUCCAAGUCCUAUAUUCAAGGAACAGUUAAUGAGCCUACCACUUUCCCACCUCCUUCUCCUUCCCAUGGUCAUUAUCAUUGGAUGUUCGAAAGGGCUAUCAGCGUUGCCCUGUUGCCCAUUACGGCAGCAGCAGUUGCCAAGCAUGGAGCUAGUGGAUUGGUGGACGCUUCGCUUGGAUUGACAUUGGUGAUUCAUAGCCACAUGGGCUUCGACUGUGCUCUCCAAGAUUACCUGCACGAGCGCAAGUUCCCCAUCAUGGGUAAGAUUGCUCCUUGGGCACUCAGGGCAGCUAGCGUUGGUACUCUGUACGGCUUGUACGAGCUCCAAACAAACGAUGUCGGUCUCUCUGAGCUCAUCGCUAGGGUCUGGACUGCCUAAGGGGUCGCUCUAGUGCUAGUGCGUGACGGGACUUGGGUCCUUGGGGAAAUUGGGUGCCGGGCAGCAGACGGAGGCUACAGCUAGUCUAUCCUUGCAGAGUGGGACAGGCCGGGGAAACAACGAGCAGCAGCCCUGUCUCUCCUCUUUCUCACCUGUAGCUCACCAAUUGAUUCAUCUUCUUGGUCCAAACUGCCUCGUCCUCCGUACAUUGUCGUAUACUGUCC